UUGCUGGUCACCUUGGGCGUUAGGAUGUUUAUUAAAAGCCGCCUCCGCUUCUGUCGGCUCUUCUCUCUCCCGGCCCUUAAAGGGUCUGGGGACCAAGCAGGCACCCAGUGUGGCGUUUGGCUCUCUCCUCCUCUCGUUCGCCCCAGCCUCUCAUCCGUUCUAGAUCCAAGUCAGUCGCUGGGGCCGAAGUCUGGGAAAGCCGGCUCUUUGAGUACACGCCCCCUCCACCGCAAAGACAGUUUUGAUUCCUCAGGAAAGCAGUUCUUCGUCGAGCAUUCGUAACUAAGAAAAUUUGGCCACCUAAAUCCAUGUAGAAGCGUUAAUUUGGCCUGGAAAACCGAGGAGUAAGUGCAGAUUUGCUACUCCUUAAGGACCUGGAGAGGACUCCAUUUCCCAGGACCUGGCAGUGGUGAAGUCCUGGUUAUAAUUUAGAAAGACGGCCAAUAGGAGUUUUAAAAAGACCGCGCUUGGCCUUGGCCUGAGCGCUGAAAGCGGGUCGAAUUGCCUGGGAAGCCAUGGAAGCUGCUGGGAAAGAGGAAAUCAGUGUUGAAGAUGAAGCUGUGGAUAAAAACAUUUUCAAAGAUUGCAACAAGAUUGCUUUCUACAGGCGUCAGAAACAGCAGCUCUCCAGGAUAUCAACCUAUAAGGCAUUACUAAACUCAGCCACGACAGGCAAAGACAGCACCAAGUUCCGAAUCAUCAAUGAAACAACCAAGGUUCCCCUUCUGGCUGAAAUUUAUGGUAUAGAGGGAAAUAUUUUAAGGCUUAAAAUCAAUGAGGAAACUCCCCUGAAACCCAGGUAUGAGGUUCCCGAUGUACUCACAAGCAAGCCCAGCACUGUAAGGCUUAUUUCAUGUGCAGGGGAUACAGAUAGUCUGGUAUUGACAGACAGAAAAGGAGAUCUGAAGUGGCAUAUCACAGCAAACCCAUUCAAGAUAGAUUUGGUGUCUGAAGAAGAAGUAGUGAUGAGCAUAAACUCCCUGGGCCAAUUGUACUUUGAGCACCUGCAGAUUCCUCUUGAGCAAAGAGCUACCAAAGAAAAUAAGGAGGACACAUCAGCUGACACUUCUCAGGAAGACCAAGACGAUCUGGGCCUGUGGGAGGAGAAAUUUGGAAAAUUUGUGGAUAUCAAAGUUAAUGGUCCUGCCUCCAUUGGUUUGGAUUUCUCCUUGCAUGGAUUUGAGCAUCUCUAUGGGAUCCCGCAACAUGCAGACUCACACCAACUUAAAAAUACUAGUGAUGGUGAUGCUUACCGUCUUUAUAACCUGGACGUCUAUGGAUAUAAAAUACAUGACAAAAUGGGCAUUUAUGGUUCAGUGCCUUAUCUCCUGGCCCACAAACUAGGCAGAACUCUAGGCAUUUUUUGGCUCAAUGCCUCCGAAACUCUAGUGGAGAUCAAUACGGAGCCUGCAGUAAAGUACACGGUAACCCAGAUGGGCCCUGUUGCAGCUAAGCAAAAGGUCAGAUGUCGAACUGAUGUGCACUGGAUGUCAGAGAGUGGAAUCAUUGAUGUCUUUCUGCUGACAGGACCUACGCCUUCUGACGUCUUCAAGCAGUACUCAUACCUUACAGGCACACAAGCCAUGCCCCCUCUCUUCUCCUUGGGGUACCAUCAGUGCCGCUGGAACUACGAGGAUGAGCAGGAUGUAAAGGCGGUGGAUGCAGGAUUUGAUGAACAUGACAUUCCUUAUGAUGUCAUGUGGCUGGACAUAGAGCAUACCGAGGGCAAAAGGUACUUCACUUGGGACAAGAAAAGAUUCCCAAACCCCAAAGGGAUGCAAGAGCUGCUCAGAAGCAAAAACCGUAAGCUUGUGGUCAUCAGUGACCCCCACAUCAAGAUUGAUCCUGACUACUCAGUGUAUGUUAAGGCCAAAGAACAGGGCUUCUUUGUGAAGAAUCAUGAAGGAGGAGACUUUGAAGGGGUUUGCUGGCCUGGUCUCUCCUCUUACCUGGAUUUCACCAAUCCCAAAGUCAGAGAGUGGUAUUCAGGUCUUUUCACUUUCUCUGCUUAUCAGGGAUCUACUGACAUCCUCUACAUAUGGAAUGACAUGAAUGAGCCCUCCGUAUUUAGAGGGCCAGAGCUAACCAUGCAGAAGAAUGCCAUUCAUCAUGGCAAUUGGGAGCACAGGGAACUUCACAACAUCUAUGGUUUUUAUCAGCAAAUGGCUACCGCAGAAGGACUAAUACAACGAUCUAAGGGAAAGGAGAGACCCUUUGUUCUUACCCGUUCUUUCUUUGCUGGAUCACAAAAGUAUGGUGCUGUGUGGACAGGUGACAACACAGCAGAAUGGAGCUACCUGAAAAUUUCUAUCCCUAUGUUGCUCACCCUCAGCAUUACUGGGAUCUCUUUUUGCGGAGCUGACGUAGGCGGCUUCAUUGGGAAUCCGGAGGCAGAGCUGCUAGUGCGAUGGUACCAGGCUGGAGCCUACCAGCCUUUCUUCCGUGGCCACGCCACCAUGAACACCAAGCGGCGGGAACCCUGGCUAUUUGGGGAGGAAUACACCCGGCUCAUCCGGGAAGCCAUCCGGCAGCGCUACACCCUCCUGCCCUAUUGGUAUUCUCUGUUCUACUGCGCACACGUGACAGCCCAGCCCGUCAUGAGACCUCUGUGGAUAGAGUUCCCAGAGGAAUUAGACACUUUUGGGGUAGAAGAUGAAUACAUGCUGGGAAGUGCUUUAUUGGUUCAUCCAGUCACAGAACCAAAAGCCAGCACAGUUGAUGUGUUUCUGCCAGGAUCAAAUGAGGUCUGGUAUGACUCUAAAACAUUUGCUCAUUGGGAAGGAGCACGUACUGUGAAGGUCCAGGUAGCCUUAGACACCAUACCGGUAUUUCAGCGAGGUGGAAGUAUAGUACCAAUAAAGACGACUGUAGGAAAAUCCACAGGCUACAUGACCGAUUCCCCAUAUGGACUCCGGGUGGCUCUAAGCACUAAGGAUUCUGCCAUGGGUGAAUUCUAUCUCGACGAUGGCCAUUCGUUCCGGUACCUCCACCAGAAGCAAUUCUUGCACAGGAAGUUUUCAUUCUUGUCAGGAGUUUUGAUCAACAGUUGUGCUGACAAAAGAGGUCAUUAUCCCAGCAAGUGUGUGGUGGAGCAGAUCUUUGUCCUAGGCCUCAAGAAACAGCCAUCUUCUGUGACUACCCGUUCAUCUGAUGGUAAAGAUGAGCCUGUGGCUUUUACAUAUUGUGCCCAGAUGUCCACCCUGCGGCUGGAGAAGCUCUCACUGAACAUCGGCACUGACUGGGAGGUCCAUGUCCGAUGACGGUGUGGUGCACCCGGGCAAGCGUGGGAAGCAGCCUGCACCUUUCAGCCUUGCCCUUGGCCUUUUCUGAGAUCUGUGCUGCAUGCUAAUUGACUUCUCUGGCUAAAAAGUGUCCUUCAUUGAUCAUCGGUUUACUAAUGAGAAUAGAUUUCAGGUUUUGCAUUUUUAGAGGCACUAGUUACACUCUCUGUGUCAAACACUACUACUUCUCGAUGCAGAUAGCCCUGAGACAUUUAUAGAGUUCAUUAAUCUUCCUCUGCUUCUUGAACCAUGGUCCUGUGGUAAAUGCUAUGGCCCAAUGAGUAGCUUCUCUUUGAGGACAGCUGAUUGGUUUGUUGUUUGGUGCUGGUGGUUGUCAUUUUAAGGAAACUAUCUUCAGUGGGGGCUCAAACUCACAACCUUGAGAUCAAGAGUCACGUACUGUACCAGCUGAGCCAGCCAGGUACCCCUGGAUGGGUCUCUUGUAUGUGGGAUGUGGGCCAAGCCCACCUUGUGUGGCCCGUUUGUGGAAGCUUGCCUCGGGCCAUGCUGCAGAGUCAGGAGGGCUACAGCAGCUGAGUUACUCAAGACCUGUCUCCAAGUGGACAGCAGCCUCUGGUACCCACCCCCCCCCACCCGCCAACACACA